AUGGACGUGUCACAAACAACGGUGUGUAGGUGGAAGAAGAACAAAGUCAUAAAAAAGCACACAAACGCAAUCAAACCGACUUUGAAUGAAAACAACAAGCUACACAGGUUAAGCUUUGCAUUAUCUAAAUGUGAAUAUGAUGAACAAAAUGAUGCAUUCAAGUUUAAGCCAUAUACUAACAUUGUUCACAUAGAUGAAAAAAACUUCUAUCUAUCCCGAGAGACACAGAGUUAUUAUCUAGCUCCGGGUGAAGUAGAACCACAUAGAGAGUGUCAAUCAAAGAGGUUCAUUCCAAAAAUCAUGUUUAUGUGUGCUGUUGCAAAGCCAAUCUUUACAACUGAUGGUGAUGUUUUUUUUAAUGGUAAGAUAGACAUUUGGCCAUUUAUUACACAGGAGCCAGCAAAAAGAAGCUCCAAGAACAGGAAAAAGGGGGAGUUGGAAACAAAACCAAUACAAUCAAUCACGAAAGAGCACAUUAGAGCAAUGCUUAUUACUAAUGUGCUGCCAACCAUAAGAGCAAAAUGGCUUGAAGGAUUGUCAAAGCAUAUUUACAUUCAACAAGACAAUGCCAAACCACAUAUAGCACAUAAUGACAGAGAAUUUUUAGAAGAGGCAAUGAAAGAUGGAUUUAAUAUACAAUUAGUGCAACAACCUCCAAAUUUCCCUGACAUGAACGUACUAGAUCUAGGUUUUUUUAGAUCAAUUCAAGCUUUGCAAUAUCAAAAAGCUGCUUACAAUGUAACAGAAUUAGUUAGGGCUGUGAAUAAUGCAUUUCAGAAUCUAAGUCCACAAUGUUUAUGGUUUGUAUUCAUCACUUUACAAGCUUGUAUGAUAGAGGUCAUGAAAUCACAAGGAGGAUUUGACUAUCACAUUCCUCACAUGAACAAAACAAAGGCAGCAAGGGAAGGGACUUUACCAGAUUACCUAAGUAUUGAAAAACAACUGGUUGUUGAUUCACUUCAACAUUUAUUCACAAAGCUAAGUACAGAUAAAAUGAAUCAGCUUGUUGAACUGAUUGGCUAUACAGGGGGGAUUGAUCAAGGGGAUUGGAAUGUAGAAUUAUCAGAAAACAGCAACAACCAAUUUCAACAGAAGAAACAGAAAUCAGCAUAUGAACAACAUAACAGCAACCAACAAAAUUUUUUGGGACAUACAGUAAAGCAACAACAGCACAGAACAACAGCCAACACAACCUUAACCAACACAGCAACAUGUUUCAAAUGUAAAUUCCUUUUGACUUUGGACAUAUUUUUGGGAUCUUUAACAUGGGAUGUUUCAGAUGCAAACAACAAAAAUUUUAUGUAG